AUGGACCCAGAGAAAGCCGGCGCUACCACCGUGACCAUUGCAUCCGCGCCCGACGAAGUCGACUUCGGCGCCAUCAUGGAGCUUAUGACUUCCAAGUACACCAUUGACCUGGUAGACCGACACGUCGCUGCAAUACGCAAGCUUUGCAAGGUCUGCUGCAAUGGUUUCCUCUUGAAGCACUUGGAAGCACUGGUCGACCUGCUACAUUUGGCCGUCGAAAGAUUUGCUGAAGGCCAAGACUUGGCGCAGGCUUUGUGCGACUUCACUCGCGUGGCAUCACAGCCCUUUGUCAGCUGCAAGACCUCAGACAUGAUCACCUACGGCCACCACCUCCCUGCGUUCAUCAAGGGCUUGGUCAGUGUCCUGACCUACACACUGCCGGGAGCGAGCGAGGCCCGACAAGAGCGGAAGGCCAUGUUCGAGCGCCUUCGGAUCGAGGUCGCCCACACCCUGGCUUGCUGGGCCCGUUUCGGCCUGGACGAAGACAGCGUGGAGCUCUUACCGAAUCAGCCGCUGAUCCAAGCGGUCGCGGAUUCCGGGACCCCGAAUUUGCGGAUUCUGCGACAGUCCAACGUCAUGGAUGCAGUCUCUGCCUCCUUCCGCUCGGAAGACAGCCCCGAGUCGAUCGUCAUCACCCUUGGUGCGAUCCGGGACAUGUCCUUGUACAGGCCCCUCGCAUGCCAGAUUACCAAUUGCGGUCUGAUCUCCAACCUUGUCCACGUCAUCCGUGUGAAUUUGCUCGGCUCUGACGUCCUGCUUGUCGCGGCGGAGGUUCUCUGGAAUGUUCUGGAGCUCGACUGGGAUGGGGCGACCGAGGCCCUCGGCCAAGAGGAGGUCAUCGAGUCCUUCCGCGAUUUCAUGAAUGCCGUCCUCACCCGCGGAUACCGGUUUAAGGAUAAGAUUUUCCGGAACGACAUGAUGGUUCUCCUCAUGUACAUCUCCAAGCGCGUAGAGAAUCGCACCCUCUUCGCCUCCACCGGGCUUAUGGCGCUGCUCCUGAGCUAUGCCGUGUCAGAGGCACGGCGAAGGGAAUUGCUGCAGAGCGGCUUUUUGGAGAAGUACUUGCGAGAGGCCCGUGUGUUGCCUGACCUCGGCGAUGGUGCCAAGGCCUCCAAGGGCAUACCCCUCACCAACACCCAGGAGGACAUGGAAUUCCGUACCUUGCUUUGGGGCACUUUGGCGCGAUGCUGCUCCUCCGAGCCAUGUGCUGAGGCAGCUGUGCAGUGUGGCUUCGUGGAGUCCCUCCUCGAGUGCUUGGAUGCCGAGGCACCGCCAGAGAAGUGGAGCCAAGAGCAACGGCGACAGGUGCAAUUGGAAGCCUUGUCCUCCUUGUUCCAGCUGGUACAAUACGUGCCGGACGCCUUUAUGGAGGCACAGGGCAAUGCUAUGGUCUUGCAGCUGCUUCAGGCAACGCGAAGCCGGGAAGUUCAGAAGAAGUGUCUUCACCUACUGCAGGUCGCUGUGCGCAUGGGCCCACACUUUGCCGAGAAUCUGGGUCAGCUUGGAGCCGUGGGAACUUUAGUGGAGCUCUUCACGGACAAGGACAAUCCCAUGACCUCCAGGCAAAUGUGCGCCUCGGUGUUGGCGACCAUGUGCAAAGAGUACCCCGAGAAUGCUCGCGAAUUCCGAAAAAAGGACGGCGUCGAGGCCAUGCGUGACGAGGUGGUCUACCGGCCCGGUGAGACCACCGACAACCACCUCUUCUACAGCUUGUGUGUGGUGGACUGCGUCUGGAACGCCGUCGUCGGAACCCGCAAGAACGAGAUCCGGUUCUUGGACGCAGGUGGGCUUUUCGCACUUCUCGAUUGCCUCGAGGUGGCUCCGAUGCUCCUGAAGCGGCAGAUCAUCGGAUGCCUGGCAGAUCUCAUGGAAUACAAGAAGGCCGCCAAGCUCUUCACGCAGUGGAACUCGCAGGUGACCAUGAAGGGUGCGCUGAGACUUCUCCUAGAGCUUUGGCAGUGUGAGCAGCAGGCCGCAGGGAAUUUGGCUCCGGAUGGCGUGAUUCGUGACCUGGAACAGCCUCUCAAUCCUCGGGCACCACCAACCCUGGCUCUUGGUGAACUCAUCGAUGACGGUGACAGCACCGUCACCAGCACCAGCCGUUUCGCCGGGAAGUUUCGACACGCCAAGAACUUUGCAGACACGGCCGGCACGGGCACCAGUGUGACGACGGCCAGCCAUGGAAGAACGCAGAAGGCCUUCGAGAAGGCCCCGGCUUCGGCGCAGCAGCGGCAAGGAUCGCAGUGGCUCUCCAGCGGCAUUGAGCAGGACCCAGCCUUCUGCCGAGCCAAGAUCUAUGCCGUGCUGAAAUGCAUCGGCUUCGAGUGCCAAGAGACUCUCAGCAUCGCAGAGAGGCAGCAGAUGGAGCUUGUCAAGCUCUUUCCAAUGGCAGUGGAGCUUGAGAUGUGGAUCAAGGUGCAGGAGAGUUUGGCCAACCGGGGCAUCAAACCCGUGAGCGCAGACAGGCAGUGGAUCGAGGAUUGUGUGGUGGAGCGCAGAGACCAAGCAGCCUGGGUGCAGAACAUCCAGAAGAAGUUGGCCGAAGAGAGGCAGACCGAGGAGGAGGCAAGCCUGGAGCGCUUCUACAAGGAUCUCCGCGGCCGCGCUCAGAUCCAGAGGAUGACGCAGCCACCAGGUUACCCGCUGCACCUGGGUAGUAAAGACAGUGACAUGUGGCAUGAGCGCCUACCUCGGACGCUGCUAUGCCCUUUGCUAGUCUCGCCUUCCUUGUCGAAGUUCCUAGCAGCCCGAAGCUUCGGAGGCUUGACGCUGCAGCGCGAGAGCUGA